AUUUUUCCUUACAAACAGUGUUUUGUUCUCUAUAGGUUGGUGCUGUAGGAAUGUAUUUGAAGAGUGUUCAGCCUCUACCUCCUCAGACAUAUUUCAACACCACUGGAAGAGCCUACCCAGACUUAGCAGCGCUGUCUGACAACUACUGGGUUGUCACUAACCGUGUGCCUGUACCAUGGAUUUCUGGAACUUCGGCAUCAACUCCAGUAGUGGGUGGAAUUCUCUCCCUAAUAAAUGACCAGCGCUUCCUAAAGGGCCUUCCUUCCUUAGGAUUCAUCAACCCUCGCCUUUACAAACUGCAAGGCAAAGGUCUUUAUGAUGUGACUGAGGGAUGUCAUCUGAGUUGUCUGGAUGAUAAAGUUGAAGGGAAAGGUUUCUGUGCCUCUCCUUCAUGGGAUCCAGUAACGGGAUGGGGAACACCCAAUUAUCCUGUUCUUCUUGCAGCGUUCAUGGAUUGAGCUGCUGCUGUUUUUUUUUAUUCAGAGAAACGCACCGAUAUUAGGUUUUUCAUCUACAUGACAAUACAUUGUAAAAUCAGAUCAAGAUUUCAUUGCUGUCCGUCAUCUAAGAAUCAUUCUCGCAAAACAAAGUCGUUUCAAUGCAAACCGAACCUUUAAUUCCUGGUUAAUUAACCCAGCCACCCUCCUUCUCCCUGUCCAACAGGUCAUAUAACUUCAGUUCUUUCAGAUGGGGAAGAUUUGUCUCAGAUGAGUUAAGGAUCUGUGGAUUCCAGAUAUAGGACACAACCAAAUGUUUAACAAGCCUCUUUGUUUUUAACAAAACACUGUGACAGGAAUUUUAUUUUAUACCGAUUGGAUUUUAAGUGAAAUUUUCCUUAAAUGUACAUUUCCGCUCUGAAUGCCAUUCUGUUUUAAAAUGCAAUUAAAACAGAUCAUUUUUAUGAUCCAUAAACAUUAGGAUGUUUCAAGGUUUAGAUGUAGAAUGUAAUGAAACCAGCCUGAAUGUGGAACAUACUUGAGAGCUGCAUAAUCCAUUGGCCUGUUUGUCUUCUUUUUUUUUUAAUGGGUUGAUUUCAGUUUAUUGUAAAUGAGGUCCUCAGGGAAUUAAAUAUUGAAUAGAUUUGUUGUUCUGGAACUAUUUGGUCGUUGGAGAGAUUGAAACGUUUUUCUACCACAUGUCUUGUGCACUAAAUGUUGUUGGAGCAACCGGUAAAACCUGUUCUUUUGAAAGAAGCAUUGAGUCCAGGAUUCCCUCUGAAAGGUACAUGAAUAUUUUCAAGACAAUGAUGUUGCUUUGCUGAAGUAAUACAAAUUAAAGGUUUUAUUUUGAAAA